AGUCUGGUUUAAAGUGAUGUUCUUUGAUUGAUCACCACUGCGUGCACGGUGAAUUUUGAGGAUCGAUAGGAGACUUUUCUGUCAUCACCGGUGGUCAUCAUCGUCGCUUAAACUUCCCUCCUUUCGUCGCGGCAAGGAAAGAUGCUCGCUUGACGUCGACCUCCGCCGUUCUUUACCUUUUUAGCUCAACAGUGAGAGAUCCCUCUGUUUCUUUGUUAGAUCCGGUGUUUCUACUUAGUUUUCAUAUGGGCCUAUCAAAAGUUUCGAUCUUUAUGGUGAAUUGAUCCUGUCUUAAGCGCUUCAUAGGUUAAAGAGAACUGUGUGGUUUUGAUUUGCUUCUAAAAGCUUUUCUGUUGAAGCUGAUUGAAACUACAAUUCAGAACACAUUGAAAAUCUUGAUUUUGAGUUCUGUGAUACAAGUGAGAGAAGGAUGUCGACACCAGCGAGGAAGAGAUUGAUGAGGGAUUUCAAGAGGUUGCAGCAGCAAGACCCACCUGCAGGAAUCAGUGGUGCUCCACAAGACAACAACAUCAUGCUCUGGAAUGCUGUUAUUUUCGGGCCUGAUGAUACCCCAUGGAGUGGAGGGACUUUCAAACUCUCACUGCAGUUUUCAGAAGAUUAUCCAAACAAACCACCAACGGUUCGGUUUGUUUCACGGAUGUUCCAUCCAAAUAUCAUUGCUCUGUGAUCCUAAUCCGAAUUCUCCUGCAAACUUGGAAGCUGCACGAAUGUUCAGCGAAAGCAAACGGGAGUACAACAGAAGAUUCCGCGAGGUUGUGGAACAAAGCUGGACUGCUGACUAGUAAAAUAAUAUUUGUUGUAGAGCGUUUGUCUUCUUCGACAUUGAACUUAAUUCCUCUCUUGUGUUUCAUUCCACCAACACUUAUCUCUCUCUUCUUUUAAUGCUUUCAUGUAUUAUCUUCACCACAUUCAUAUUCAUAUUCUGAUCUUCACAAAGACGGUUGAUAGCAAAUCCCACUCUGGUCCUCAUCAGCGACUCGUAAGAGCAUAUGAUCCUCUCUAAUACUCUAGCUGCGAGAAAGAGCCUGCUGCUACUACUUUUGAACAGACAUGAAAGCUGAAAAAUGUGAUAUUUCAUUUCUUCUAGUUUUACCAUUAUUUUUGUUUGGUUGUUUCUUCACUACUCUGCACAUUGCACAACCUCAGCUCGACAGAACCAUAGAGGAACAUGACUAGGUAUGGUUUUUAUUUUUAAAACUUCUAAUGCAUUGAAGAAUAUGAUUAUGGCUUUUUUUAUUCUAAACUAGAUCCUAGCGCGGAUAAUAUAUUUAAAUUUGUUAUAUUUAUCAUUUUUAUUUGUAUGUGAAUUUUUUAUAUUAAAUUAUAUAUAACUAAUUUUUAAAUUCGAU